ACCAGUCAGCAGCUUCUAUCAGGCUCACCAUGACAGUCUUGUCUCACUUCUGAUUUCAAAAAAGGAGGCAAGGACGUACGGGAAUCCGCUUGUCACGUAUUAGUAAGUCACUACAGAGAAAGUGCUGAUCUGGGACCAGCCAAAAGGACAACAUGGGUGUGUGGACAGCCCUGAUUCUGGCCUCGCAGCUGCUAUUAAAACUGAGCUUACACGUGGAAGCCCAGGCUUUAGUCUAUGAUCUGCUCACCUCGCCUGAUUGCCUGCCAGACCUGCUGCAGGGGGGUCUGGCCGAGCAAGGGGUGCGCGAGGCUUUCAUCCUCACCACCUUUAAGUUACAGCCCAGGACCGGAACCAGUGUGUUUUCCCUGUUCAACCCCCGGGACAACAGCAAGUACUUUGAGUUCACUGUGAUGGGGAAGCUCAACAGAGCCGUGUUGCGCUACCUGCGGAGUGACAAGAGGAUGAGCUCGGUGACCUUCAACAACCUGGUCCUGGCAGACGGCCAACAACACCGACUGUUGUUCCACCUGAAGGGGAUGCAGCCGCCGGGGCCGGGCGGGGUGGAGCUGCAUCUGGACUGCAGGCUGGUGGAGACGCUCAGGGAUCUCCCUGCUGCCUUCCAAGGUUUGCCAGCAGACUACGGUACGGUGGAGCUGAAGACCAUGCAAGCCAGGGAUCAGGAGAGUUUAGACGAGCUCAAGCUGGUGGUCGGGGACACAUUUGAGAAUGUAGCGGCUCUACAAGACUGCCACUUCCAACAAAAAGACUCUGUCCAAACUCUGGGGGUCAACACAAAGCAGCUGUCCAAUCAAAUGCUGGACUUGACCAAGGUGAUAAAUGAGCUGAAAGACGUCCUCAUUCAGCAGGUCAAAGAGACCUCCUUUCUCAGAAACACCAUUUCAGAGUGUCAGGCUUGUGGUCUGGGUGGUACUGAGGUGGUGAAACCAAGGUGUACCUCGGGUGUCUGUUUCCGUGAGCAUAUGUGUUUAGAGACAGCAGAUGGUGUCGAGUGUGGACCGUGUCCCGAUGGCUACACCGGGGAUGGAUUCAACUGUGAUGAUGUGGACGAGUGCCAGUUUAACCCCUGCUUCCCUGGAGUGAAGUGUGUGAACACUGCCCCGGGCUUCCGCUGUGACGCCUGUCCGCUGGGCUACAGCGGCCUGGCCGUGGAGGGUGUGGGCAUUUUGUAUGCCCAGACCAACAAACAGGUCUGUGACGACGUUGACGAAUGCAAAGAGCCCAACAGCGGCUGCACUGAAAACUCCAUCUGUUCCAACUCUGUGGGCUCUUACCACUGCGGCAGCUGUAGCACAGGAUUCACAGGAGAUCAAGUGAAGGGCUGUAAGCCAGAGAUCAGCUGCGGCAACAGCCUGACGAACCCGUGCGACGCCAACGCCCAGUGUAUUGCAGAGAGAGACGGGUCAGUUCAUUGUCAGUGUGGAAUUGGCUGGGCCGGUAACGGAUUCCUGUGUGGGAAGGAUACCGACAUUGACGGCUACCCAGAUGAAAAACUCAAAUGCAAAGAUGCGAGCUGUAGAAAGGAUAACUGCAAGUUCGUUCCUAACUCCGGUCAAGAAGAUGCGGACAGGGAUGGUUAUGGAGACGCCUGUGACGACGAUGCCGAUGGUGAUGGUAUACCCAACGAGCAGGACAACUGCUGGUUGAAGGCCAACGUGGACCAGAGGAACAGCGAUAAGGACAGCCAUGGCGACGCCUGUGAUAACUGCCGCAUGGUGGAGAACCCUGACCAGAGGGACACCGACAGCGACGGCAAAGGGGAUGCCUGCGAUGACGACAUGGAUGGAGACGGCCUGAAGAACUUCCUGGACAAUUGCCAGCUUGUCCAGAACAGAGACCAGGUGGACCGGGACGGAGACGGAGUUGGAGACGCCUGCGACAGCUGCCCCGACACCCCCAACCCAAAUCAGUCUGACAUUGACAACGACCUGGUUGGAGACUCCUGUGACACAAACCAAGACAGUGAUGGCGAUGGUCACCAGGAUACCAAGGAUAAUUGCCCAUUCGUAAUAAAUAGCUCCCAGCUGGACAGUGACAAAGACGGGCUGGGAGACGAGUGUGACGAUGACGACGACAACGAUGGGAUCCCUGACUCCUUACCGCCGGGACCAGACAACUGCCGGCUGGUACCGAAUCCUGACCAGAUCGACGACAACAAUGAUGGCGUUGGAGACAUCUGUGAGUCCGACUUCGACCAGGACAAAGUGAUUGACAGGAUUGACAACUGUCCUGAGAAUGCUGAGGUCACCUUGACUGACUUCAGGGCCUUUCAGACGGUGGUGCUGGACCCCGAGGGCGACGCCCAGAUUGACCCCAACUGGGUUGUUUUGAACCAGGGAAUGGAAAUUGUGCAGACCAUGAAUAGUGACCCAGGACUUGCUGUUGGCUACACUGCUUUCAGUGGAGUGGACUUUGAAGGAACAUUUCACGUAAACACAGUGACUGACGACGACUACGCCGGCUUCAUCUUCGGCUACCAGGACUCGUCCUCCUUCUACGUGGUGAUGUGGAAGCAGACUGAACAGACCUACUGGCAGGCAACUCCCUUCAGAGCCGUGGCUGAGCCCGGCAUCCAACUUAAGGCAGUGAAGUCUAGAUCGGGCCCCGGGGAGCACUUGAGAAACUCGCUGUGGCAUACGGGAGACACCAACGACCAGGUGCGUCUGCUGUGGAAGGACCCUCGAAAUGUAGGCUGGAAGGACAAGGUGUCCUACCGCUGGUACCUGCAGCAUCGCCCACAGGUUGGGUACAUCAGGGCACGGUUUUAUGAAGGAACUGAGCUGGUGGCCGACUCUGGCGUGACAAUUGACACGACCAUGAGAGGAGGGCGACUCGGCGUGUUCUGUUUCUCUCAGGAAAACAUCAUCUGGUCCAAUUUGAAAUACCGCUGCAAUGACACCAUCCCAGAGGAUUUCCAGGAGUUCAGCACUCAGCACGGUGUUGACUCGCUCUAAAGUCUAAAGACAAAAACAUGACAUCGGAUCUCUAAAGACUGCUUCUGUGUGUGAAUAUGUGAAUGUGUGAGUGUGAGUGUGAGUGUGUGUAUGUGUGUGUGUGUGUAUGUGUAUUGGUGUGUACAGUUUCAGUGCAUAUUUGACCACAAUCUCCGUACUGUAUGUGCAUAUUAUCAUGGCCCUUUCCAUUACCCAAUUGUAUUUUUACUGUUUGAUUAUCUCUUAAAGAAUACAGUUGAGCUCAUUUUGCCGAAGGUUUUAAGUUAUAAUGAUUUUUUACUGAAAACGAUGCUCUGUGAUAAAAACAUGUAACAUGUACAAAAUGCUAAAUAACAUAUGGUCAAUAAUGACCAGUUUCCAUAUAUUUUCCAAAUAAAAGGAAACAUUAUUAUAGAAAACUGCAUUUUGCUUCCACACAGGAGAUUUUAGCUUAUGUGUAGAUAAACAUGGACAAAAACAACUUGCUUUGGAUCAGCCUGAUGUUACAUUUUAAUCAUAAACUGGUUUUAUGUGUUUAUCAGAGUGGUAUUUCCACUACGUUUGUGAAGAGGACUCAAACGUCCGACUGUGCCUUGCCUCAUUUACUGUGGAAGAUGAACUUAAAGCUCAGUUGUUUUCUCUUCCAACUAUUUGGUCCUUGACAUCUUGAUCAUUUCAUGUCUAUGUAUUCACAACCCUGGUCAAAAUAA